UGUGUUUGGAUGUCUGAUAUACAAAGUGUGCUGUGUACUUACUCGAAUUCGAAUCUAAACUAUUAUCUCCGAAAAAAGUUCUCAUCAUUACACGAUACUUUUUCUAGAAGAAGACAUCAACUUUCAAAAAGAGGCACAAACUAUGUAGAUUUUGAAGAGAUGAGAAAUGUUACUUACGAAGGUGAACUUGGAAAUUUCGAAACAGUAACUUUUGUUGAAGAAAAUUAUCUUCUCGUGGGAAAUAGUUUAUUAGGACUAUCUACCAUUCCCAAUCAAGAGAAUGUCGUGAACUUGCAACAGGAAUUCGAGAGAAUUCCAAAAGACCAACGAAUUACAUUCGCAAAAGCUGUAAUUUACGAAAAUGUCUCCAUAAUUCUCUCAAGAUUGGAACUAGGCGAAGCUCAUAUUUAUGGUUUUAGAAACGAAAGACAUUUUUUUAUACAGACUAUCCUUGUUCCAUAUUCCAUUGAUGCCCACUUUUUUGUAUUCAAUGAUGAUUUGUAUCUAAUGGUUAUCAAUAAUAAAGGCGAUAAUUUGGCAGAGACUAUAAUAUACAAGUGGCUGGGAUCUCACUUUGAUGAAAUUGAAACAAUUUUUACAACAGGGGCAAUAAAGGUUACAAGUUUCAGUACCAAUACAUCAGAAAUUAUAAUAAUAAUACAGCAUUUAUCAAAUAGAAAGGUAUGGUCGGCUAUUUAUGAAUUCAGAGGGAAUGGAAUCAAAAAAAUACAAUAUAUUGAAACAGAAACUCCUGUUAACCUUGAUACUUAUAGUAGUCGGCACAAGAGAUAUGUUAUAAUAUAUGGGCAGUCGAAGAAUAAUAUGAUUUAUCUUUGGAACGGUAAGCAAAUUACUACCGAUAUCAUUCAGUCAAUCAAGAUACAGGACAAGUUUUUAAUUUCAUCUAUUGGUACCCACACAGCACAUGAAAAAUUGCAAGUAUACCGUUUAUCUUCAGAAGACGUACGAAUGGAAGGUGAGAAACACUUUUCUUCAAAUUACUCAGCUGUUUUAGGCAUGCACACUGAAGAAAUUGAAGGUAGUAUUACAACCAUCCUGGUUGGUUUAACGGAUAACCUUGAAAUAAAUGUGAAGGUGGCACCUUUCACGAUCAAUUUUAUCGAAACAGAAUAUACUACAAAAGAAAAGAAUACACUUCGAGAAUGUUUCAAUACUCUGGAGCGGAGAGUUUACACGAUGAGGAAACAAAUCAAUGAAAUGAACUCUGAAAUGAAUAUUGACAUUUCUGAUACUGACUCUGGAACUACUGAAGAUUUCUCUAGCGCCAUACUCAGUGAUGAUUUGACACUGGAGAAUGGAAUAGAAAAGGACUUGAAUGUUAUCAAAGUGAGACUGGAAUCAGUGAAUUCAUUUUUGAACGAUUACACGGUCCCCAAUUCAAAUACUUUAAUUGUGAAUGGAAGCUUGAUUAUAGAAGGUUCCGCUGAAGCUGACGAAUUGUCUGGAAAAGGUAUCACAAUUAAAUCUGCAAAUGGAAGAAAAUGGGUGCCAGAGCAAUGGUUGAAGUAUGAAGAACCCCAAACGAUAACAGGUCCAGUGAAACUAAAAAACGUUUAUACUAAAAUGUUGGAAACAACACCAGAUGAUCCAUUAGUGAAAGAUCUCUUGCUGAAAGACGGAAAUCAAACAAUCACAGGCCACAUUUCGAUAGGAAACCUCACAGCCAGUAGGAUUUAUGCAAGAAAAAUCAACGACAUACCGAUGGAAAGAGUUCUCCAGAAAGGCGAUCCUCAACCUGUUCAGCGCGUUACAACAAACAAAAAAGUUGAUGUUGGUGAGCAAAUAGGACUAUUGACUCAGAAGGAAUCUGCUAGUGAUCUACCUGUACAGUCCAAGAUAAAUUUCGAUUCGAAUGUUGCUAUAGAAAAUUUGGAAGUCGAAACUAUAAACGGUAUAGAUUGGAAUGAGUUUGUGAAUUCUGUGUUCAGGAUAGGAACGGAUUCUGUGAUAACUGGCCCUCUUACUUUCUCAAAACUAAAAACUAUGAGGCUGAGCCUCAAAAAGUUGAAAGAUCUGAAUGUAGCAGACCUAUUGACAACAUCAACAGAUCAGACAAUUCAUUCCAAUGUGGAAUUCUAUCGUAUUUUCUCUAGAAAAAUAUCCGCUGAAACUGUGAACAACGUCAACUUACGUGAAUCGGCAGUUUUGUUUGGACAUAAUGAAACCAUCAAUGUUCCUGUAACAUUCCAAAAGCUGAACGUCGUCAAAGAUUUGGAAAUAGCUGGGAAACUCGAUGACUCGCUCUUUUGGAAGGCAGGCGAUCAUAUCAUAGGAACUGAUGAAUCUGACCUAUUUCAACAUUAUAGUGGUAAAGUUACGAUCAAAGGAAACUUGCACCUGAAGAGUCUAUAUCUUCAACCGAAGACGAAAUUGAUUGUUUCCGGAAAACAAAUGAGUUCCGAUUUGGCUAACACAUACUGGACCAAAAGUACAAACCAGAAAAUAGACCAUCAUAUGACUGCUCUGCGAGGACUGUCCACUCCUCACAUAUUGACAACUGUGUUGAACGAUAUCAACUUCAGUCAGUACAUGUUGAAUAACAACAACGAGAAAUUGGAAACAGAUUACCACUUCGAUACCGUCAGUGUCAAUGGAAAUGUUAUUUUGAGAAAUACAGCACAGCAUCACCCUGAUGUAAAACAAAUUGGAAAAGAAGCCAUUAAAACAAAUGGAAGUUUCAUAAUCAAAGGCAAAAAAAUAUACGAAGAUACACUGAAAGCCGAAAACUUAGCAACAUUAAAAUUGGAUGGGAUUGAUGCUCUUGAGACUCUAAACACCAAAUGGCCUGCUAAUGUGACUGGACUUAAAGUUUUCAAAGAUCUAAAUGUUAUGGGAAAUAUGAAUUCGUCCUUAACACAAGUGCCGGUGAUCAAUGAAGAAACUGUUGAAGAUAUCACAAAGAAUGUUAUUUACAUUGAUGAACCACAUAAUAUCACCUCUCUGAAUUUCGUUGAUCUGAAUGCUUCCAAUUUGCUGGUCACUAAACUUAAUGACCAUACAAUUGAUGAGUACCUUUCAAGUUCGGAGAAGUUAUUAUCUUCAUCUGCUAGAAUCGAAAAUUUAAUAGUGAAAGGAAAUCUCACUGUCACAAAUAUCAAGGAUCUGUUGACAAUUAAUGACAUUCCUUUUGAAGACUUAUUGGAGAAGGCCCCAAAGACUGGAGACUCUGGAGGAAUCGUUGGAGAUGUACGGUUUUCUGGAAAAGUAACCGUUGGCGACCUUGGUACAUCAUUUCUCAAUUCCAUAGAUUUAGAAAAUAUAACUGGAAAAUUUUUGUUUCGAAAAUUCAAUCAGACCAUCUCUGCACCGUACAGUUUUGGCAGUAUCAAAGCAGGUAAAUAUGAUUCGAAUAGUGUUUAG